GUCCUGCUGAUCGGCUCAUUGGCCCGGUGAUCGGGUGAGGGGGAAGGGGAGGCGGCCAUGGCGCACCGGGUGGACAACGAGUACGACUACCUCUUCAAGAUCGUGCUCAUCGGCGACUCCGGCGUCGGCAAGUCCAACAUCCUCUCCCGCUUCACCCGCAACGAGUUCUGCCUCGAGUCCAAGUCCACCAUCGGCGUCGAGUUCGCCACGCGGACCCUGCAGAUAGAAGGGAAAACUGUGAAGGCGCAGAUAUGGGACACAGCGGGUCAGGAGAGAUACCGUGCAAUUACUAGUGCUUAUUACAGGGGUGCUGUUGGAGCUCUCCUAGUCUUUGACAUAACAAAGAGGCAGACCUUUGAUAAUGUUCAAAGGUGGCUCCGCGAACUCCGGGAUCAUGCAGAUGCCAACAUAGUUGUCAUGAUGGUCGGGAAUAAGUCAGACUUGAACCACUUAAGAUCAGUCCCUGAGGAAGACAGCAAAGAAUUUUCUGAGAAAGAAGGCCUCUCGUUCCUUGAGACAUCUGCGAUGGAGGCGAUCAAUGUUGAGAAGGCAUUCCACACUGUAUUGAGUGAAAUUCACCAGAUUGUCAGCAAAAAAGCACUUGCUGCUCAGGAGUCGGCUGCGAAUGGGCGUUCGAUGCAAGGAACUACUAUUAACGUUGCUGAACCAUCCGCCAACACGAAAGGUUCUUGCUGUUCCAGUUGAAGAGUUCGUUCGGCUGGAAGUGAUCUUUGGAAACGUUUGUUUCUGCAGAGACCACCUGGACCAUGACAUAUUAGGCUGUAGCUUGGUUUCAGAUAUUCUUCUUUCUCAUCCUGAUGCCCAUGACUGGUAAUUCCUAUCGGAAGAAAACCUUUUACCAUACUCUAUAACCUGCCUCCAUCAAAUCAUUCUCAUUCUGUAUCUUACUUUUAACUAUCAUCGAUUUCACUUGUACACUCAGAAAUCGAACAACAUGUUGUAACAAUGAUUAUUUCCUCUUAACGACAAUAAUAAUUGUUCAUGAUAUUA